AUAUAGAUUUUUUUUUUUUCAAAUUAUGUCUUUUUAAAAAAUUUCAGAUUGAAUGUAAGGGUACAAACGAUUAGGUUACAUUGUUUGAGCUUGUUAGGGAAAGUCCAAGUUGCAGUUGAGCCCUUCACCCAGGAGGUGCUCGCUACGUCGCACCUGUUAGGUGAGAGCUCACCCCCUUCUCUCCUCUGAAUGUAGUUGUGUUUUUCUCUCAUGUGGGUGUGUGGUUGUUCAUCCCUUGGUUUCAUAUUUGUAUCGGGGACACUGGAUACUUGCUCUUCCGUUCUUGUGAUAUUUAGGAGGAUGUUCUCCAAAUCUAUCCAGGUAAAUACAAAAGAUGUAAAGUCUCCAUCUUUGUGAUGGCUGAAUAGUAUUCCGUGGUGUACAUACACCAUGGUUUAUCUAUCCCACUCAUGAGCUUAUGGGCACUUGGCUGUUUCCACGUCUUGGCGAUUGUGAAUUGAGCUGCAAGAAACAAUCUAGUGCAAAUGUUCUUGUGGUAAAAUGAUUUUUUUUUCUUCUGGGUAGAUACUUAGUAAUGGGAUUGUGGGAUCAAAUGGAGGUCUACUUUGAGUUCUUUGAGGAUUCUCAUUACUUCUUUCCAAAGGGGCUGUAUUAGUUUGCAAUCCCACCAACAGAGUGGAACAUUUAAAAAAGAGAAAAAAAACUGUUCUCUUCAUCACUGACCAAGUUCUGCUGAGUGCUUUGCAGAAUCUGCAGGAGUGGCCAGGUCAGCAGAAACCCCCAGAGUGAGUGCAGUGAGCUCAGUGAUAUCUGCACUGAAUGAGCCAUUUCUUCUAUUACUAUAAUUUUCAACAUAUAUUAACAUUUCUACCAAUAAUUUAUGGGGUUCAGAAAUCUAAAUGCAAACUUGGGAAAUAAUUAUAAAAGAGUAAAAAGUAAAUAUCUUUAGAAAAAUUUUCAGAUCUUUGACUCGUUUUGAUUUUUGACUUAUGGAACUGAAUUAGUGAAGUGGAAGUCCUAACUAUAAUACAACUGUAGUUUGUAUUAAUAGAAAGUCUGCUUCAUUCAAAAAUUCUGUGUAGCAGGUGUGAAGAGUGAGGAAAAGUUACAUAGCAGGUUUCAGCUGCAUUUGUAGUGGUUCACGUUUUAAGUAUUGUAGUGGAUAUACCGGUAGUUAAUAUGUUAGUCUUUAUUUCUAUUUUAGAAAUUAAAUCUCACUCUGUUGCCUAGGCUGGAGUGUUGCCACCACAGCUCAUCGCAGCCUGGAACUCCAGGGCUCAAGCGAUCGUCCCACCUCAGUCUCUCAAGGAGCUGUGGCUACAGGGGUGCACCACCAUGCCUGGCUAAUUUUUUAAUUUGGGGGGUAAAAAAUGAGCUCUUCCCUGUGUUAGUCAGGCUGACCUUGGACUCCUGGCCUCGAAUGAUCCUCCUGCCUUGGCCUCUCAAGUACUGAGAUCACAGUACUCAGUGCCUGUGAACCACAGUGCCAGCCUUCAAGUAAAUUGAAAAACUUACCGCUAACUGAACAAAUUUAAGGCAGUUCGAGAUAACAGCCUCCCCAGGAAGCAGGUGUACUAGUCCUCUGUUGGCACUGAUUACACUGGUGAGUACCUUAGUUGGUGUGUGAGUAUCUGUUUCUCCAAGUGGACUGUGAACUCUCAAGGGCAGGACUGUUUAUUCUUCACUGUUGUAUCUCUAGUCUCAAGCCUACUGCCAACAUAGAAUUUGUGCUCAGUAAAUUGUUUUUUUUUUUCUUUUUUGAGGCAGAGUCUCACUCUGUUGCCCUAGACUAGAGUACCGUGGUGUCAUAGGUCACAGUAACUUCAAAAUCCUAGGCUGAAGGGAUCCUCCUGCCUCAGCCUGAGUAGCUGGGACUACAGGUGCUUGCCACAACACCUAGCUAGUUUCUCUAUUUUUAUUUUUUUGUUUAGCAGGCCUGGGCCGGGUUUAAACCCACCAACUCUGGAGAAUGUAGCCGGCACCCUAACCACUGACCUAUAGAUGCACAGCCAAGUUUUUCUAUUUUUAGUAGAGACGGAGUCUCACUCUUGCUAAAGCUGGUCUCAAACUCCUGAGCUUAAGUAAUCCUUCCAUCCCAUUGUCCCAGAGUGCUGGGAUUACAGGCAUAAGCCACCGCCUGGCUAAUGCUCAAUAAAUAUUUGUUGAGUGGAUGGGUGGAUGGAUGAAUAUAGAGCCGCUCACGUCUUCCAAGUAGCCACCUAAGGAGCAACAGAAUUCUAGUUCACAGGUCUCUGCCAUUGACUAAUCCUCUCAUUCCCUUCCCUCAUAAAAACGUAGUUUGUAGGGGGUUUAAGAAAUGUGUCCCAUAGGUUCAUGCUCAAAUGGCAAAGCCUCCCCCAUAGCUCUCCAGAGAGGUCCACAGUCUCAGGUCACUCUGCUGAGUGACUUUGAAAAGGACGGGUAGACAGGCUCCCACUUUACUCAUUGUCUGCCACGUGUCUACAUCCAUGCUAGACACUUCCACAGAAAUAUUCUGAUUUGAUUUUCACAAUACUCCAUUCCCCCUCUGGGCAGGUGAGGAAAGAGAUUCCCGGAGUGAUGAUGGACCCUGACCCUGUUACAAGUAGGGAGAGAUGGAGCCCUGGCUCAGACUCAGGUCUGCCCGACCCCAAUGCCCAGCCCCAGUCUUUCUUCCCACACAGUGCCGUGAGCCACAGAAUGUGGUGACCUGAAAGCACCCUUAGAGGUUGCCAAGCAAUCCACUUUUAAAAAAUUAAUUUUCUUUUAAAAAAAAAAAGAAUGUUGGAACAUUUCUCUUGCCAAAUAGUUUUGCAAAUCAUGAUUUUUGCCUUAGAGAAACAAAGAACAUUCAAUUUUCCUUUAUCUGUAAUUGACUAAGCAACUCUGAAAAUUAGCCAGGAACCUCUUUGGAUGUGUUGGAGGAGCAGGGCAUACCUCACCAUUUUCUGAGAGAGGGACAUGAAUUCUGGCCUGGUUUCCUGUACCACAGGGGUUAUCUUUGUUCAUCUCUGAGUGCAGCUCACAGGCUGGACUCCACACUGCUGCUGCUGCCAGGUCAACCUACUCACUCAUUAACUCCCGUUUACUGCACCCUUGGCUAUUGGCCAGGCCAAGUCUAUUGGCCAGGCAUCAUGUGUAAAUCAUCUUGGUUAAUCCUGUGACUUUAUGGAGAAGGUAAUUAUCUCUAUUUUAUCUUUAGGGAAAAAGUAACUUGUUCAUAAUUGGUUUACCUGGAUUUGGAUCCCGAUGACUGUGAAUUCAGAACCAAGUGUUUUCACCACUUUAUGAGCCUUUCACACAGGCAACAUACUGGUCAGGGUGUUAUGGUGAAAAUGAACCAGUCAGGCUAUUAUGGGGAAGAGGUAUCAUGAGGAUGUUAUGGAGAGGGUUCGUCAGUCAGGGUGUCAUGAAGAGGGUGCAUCAUUCAGGGUGCUAUGGAGAGGGUGCAUCAGUCAGGGUGUCAUGGAGAGGGAUCAUCAGUCAGGGUGUUAUGGAGAGGCAUCAUCAGUCAGGGUGUUAUGGAGAGGGAUCAUCAGGGUGUUAUGGAGAGGGAUCAUCAGUCAGGGUAUCAUGAAGAGGGUGCAUCAUUCAGGGUGCUACGGAGAGGGUGCAUCAGUCAGGGUGUUAUGGAGAGGGAUCAUCAGUCAGGGUGUUAUGGAGAGGGAUCAUCAGUCAGGGUGUUAUGGAGAGGGAUCAUCAGUCAGGGUGUUAUGGAGAGGGUUCAUCGGUCAGGGUGUCAUGAAGAGGGUGCAUCAUUCAGGGUGCUAUGGAGGGGAUCUUGAGUCAGGGUGUUAUGGAGAGGGAUCAUCAGUCAGUGUGCUAUGGAGAGGGAUCAUCAGUCAGGAUGUCAUGGAGAGGGUGCAUCAGUCAGGUUGUUAUGGAGAGGGUUCAUCAGUCAGGGUGUCAUCAAGAGGGUGCAUCAGUCAGGGUGCUAUGGAGAGGGAUCAUCAAUCAGGGUGUUAUCAGGAGGAUGCAUCAGUCAGGGUGUCAUUGAGAGGGCACAUCAGUCAGGGUGUCAUGGAGAGGGUUCAUCGGUCAGGGUGUUAUGGAGAGGGAUCAUCAGUCAGGGUGUUAUGGAGAGGGUGCAUCAGUCGGGGUGUUAUGGAGAGGGUGCGUCAGUCAGGGUGUCAUGGAGAGGGUUAUUCAGACAGAUUGUCGUGGAGAGGGUGCAUCAGUCAGGGUGUUAUGGAGAGGGUUAUUCAGUCAUGGUGUUGUGGAGAGGGUGCAUCAGUCAGUGUGUUAUGGAGAGGGUGCAUCAUUCUGGGUGUCAUGGAGAGGGUAUAUCAGUCAGGGUGUUAUGGAGAGUGUGCAUCAGUCAGGGUGUUAUGGAGGGGGUGCAUCAGUCAGGGUGUUAUGGAGGGGGUGCAUCAUUCUGGGUGUCAUGGAGAGGGUAUAUCAGUCAGGGUGUUAUGGAGAGGGUGCGUCACUCAGUGUGUCAUGGAGAGUGUGCAUCAUUCUGGGUGUCAUGGAGUAGGUGCAUCAGUCAGGUGUUAUUGAGAGGGUGCAUCAUUCUGGGUGUCAUGGAGAGGGCACAUCAGUCAGGGCGUUAUGGAGAGGGUUCAUCAGUCAGGGUGUCAUGGAGAUGGUGCAUCAUACAUGAGCAUGUUCAACUACCGCCUGCUGCAGGGCAGCAUUUCCUGGGUCUGAGUUGGAAGUGACAAGCAGACUUUUAGUAGUUGUUGUUUCAGUGAAGACCCAGGUUUGUUAGAACUAUCAGGCAUAAUUCCAGAAUCACCAAUCCCUUUCAUUACUAGAAGGGAUUCCUUUGUCUGGAUUUUCUUUUGUCUUUAGACCGACCCCUUUGUUGAAAAAAUUCAGGGAAUUUUUGUGUUUUCAACAAGAGGCUUGGAAAAUGUGGGCACAAAUCAUUUAAUGUUAGUGUGUAUGUGGGAUCACUCCAGAAUGUAAACAGAAUUGACAAGAUUGAGGCCAUUUGGGGGAAGAUCUUCAUGAUCAGGAUUAAUUUUGCGAGAUUCAUAUCAUGCCUAGAAGUUUGCCACCACACACGGUUUAUUUGUUUUUAAAUUAAGAGGAUUUAUUUCUUAGGUAACAGAAACAUACAUAGACAUUAGCAAAUACCCUCAGGACUGAAACUAGAGUAGUAGUGGUGAAAUGAAAACAGCUAUAUGAGAAAGUUCUUGAAGCUGUGUUUAUUAUGAUCACCUUCUUUUGGGACAUGAGGAAAGGAAAGCAGAUGUCAGCCUGGGGAGUGUUUUACCUUGAACAGUUUAUGGUUCUGUCGCCUUGAAGAGGAGGAGUAAAACUGAUAUGUAACAUUUAGCUUGGAAGGUAAGGUGAAUCAUGCAUUGGUGAGCAAUGACGUGAGGAGAAUUAUUGAGAACCUGGCCCUGCUCUUAGGGAAGGGAGUGUGCAUUUGUGUGUUGGGCCCCAGAAAGGGACUGUCUCUAGUCAUAGGCGGCUUUUUUUUUUUUCAAUGACAUCUACCAAGUUCUGACUUGACCCUAAAUGACUUCCCUGGUAGAGAAAGCAACCAAGGACAGGACUCAGUAUUAGACCAGGCGGGUCAAUGGGAGUCGCUAACCACAUGCUUCCUGAGGAAGAAUACCGGCCUAUGAGGACAUUGUCCCUGCUGCCCAAGAUCAUGGGAUGCAUUGGGGACAGGCCAUGGUCACCUCUCUUUUAGCCUUUUCUUUUUCUAAAUAGUCUAUUGUUAGAUCUUACUAUAUGGGAGGCUGAGAAGGAUUUUUUUUUUUAAUUUCAGAUUGAUAUGAGGGUACAAAUGUUUAGGUUACAUUGUUUUCCUUUUCUAAGGUAAAGUUCAAGUUGUAGUUGAGCCCUUCACCCAGGGGCGUGCUGAACACCCUCACAUUGUGUACAUUAGGUGAAAUUCUGCCAAUCACCCUCCCUCCUUCUCUCCCCUCCCCCUCCUGUCUUCCCCCCCUCCCUUCCCCUUCCCCUUGAUAGACUAUACUUGUUUUUCCUUCGUGUGGGCGUGUAUUGCUUUUUUAUUUGUAUUGAGUACAUUGGAUGCUUGUCUUUCUGUUCUUGUGACACUUUACUAAGAAGAAUGUGUUUCAGUUCCACCCAGGUAAACACAAAAGAUGUAAAGUCUCCAUCUUUCCUUAUGGCUGAAUAGUACUUCAUGUACCACAGUUUGUUAA